AUGGUGGAAAUUUCAUUGAGAAAAGCCAGAAACAAUUGGAAAAAUGUGACAGGUGGGUCACCUACGAAGAAUAAAAGCAAAACCACUGAAUCUCAGGAAUUGACCUCCGUACGUUAUGAAAAUACAACAGAAGAUGUCUCAAAGAAGAACAAGAAGGAUAAGAAGGGUAAGAAGAACAAAGCUGGCACAAGUCCUUAUAGCAACAUGGACACCUCGUAUACUGAAUUACCAACUAUUAAUGCUAGAGAAAAGAAUAAAGCUGCUUCAUCAAUGCAGCGUAGAUUAUCUGUGCAUACACAGAAUUAUAUCCCACCAACUUUAGACUAUUCAAUGCCAUUACCGAUGUCCGCCUUGAAUGGCUUAAAGGAUGGUAAUAUGUCUGUUACAACUUUAGGCUCCGCGACGGAUCUUAACGGUAGGCCAAUGUACAGCACGGGUAAUAAUAACUCUACCAUGAGUCAUGAUUUAGCUAAACAGGCAGCUUCAACUCAGACAACAGCUAUAUCUCAAGCAUCUCGUGGAGAACCGAUUACAGACUUAUUACAAGUAUCUGUAUUGAAAAAUAUAUUAAGUGAUCCACAAUUUAAUACCAAACAAUUUGUUCAUGAACGUCUCGGUAAUGCUUCUGCGGUAGAUAUCGAUGCAUUUACAACAACACUUACUAUGCUUUCUGAUAGAGUUCAAAUAGAUGUAAAACAAAAUCUGAACAAAUCAUAUAAUGAAAUUCUUCAGGUAAAUGAUGGGUUGUAUGUUGCAUCCAACGAAUUAAAGACUCUGAGGAAAAAUUUCAAACAAUUGGCAGAUGUGGUAGAAGAAUUUGAUGCUAGUGCUAGAAAGAGACUUACACUCGAACAAGAAGCAGAAUCACAACGUAAAAACCAGUCCUUGUUACCUCCAGUAUCUGGCGUUCAAAAACAGAAAAGGGAUAGAAGCAGUGUGUUGGUUUUAGAUAAGAUAUGGAAGGAUGAAUUAGUAAAGCUGGUUGAUACUGUUGAAGGAUCUAAAAAUGUUAUAUUUGAAGGUGGGGAACGUAAUGUAGAAAGACAUAUUAUUUUGAAAAGUAAUGAUUGGGUCGAACUUAAUGUUACCACAAUGAGAUUUUUACAGAUUGUGACACUUUAUAUUUUAAAUGAUUUGAUAAUAGUUGCCUCGAGGAAUAAAAACAAUGAUCUAAUGCUGAACCAGUGCCUAGAUUUAAAAACAAUUAAUGUGAUGAAGGAACCUGACAGCAACCGUAUAUUAUUGAAACCAGAUUCAAGAAUUAAUGAAACAAAUAUUGUAAAUGGUAUUAACAUGAGAAAUGGAACGACUAAUAGAAAUAUCGGUAGUAAUGGGUUGUUAUACGAGACAAGAGAUGAAAAAGAGUGUCUUGCAGUACUUGAUGCUAUUAGGAAAGCCAAGGAUGCAUUAUGUGACAUAUUCCAAACUGAAGUGGAAAACGAGAGAAAAAUCAAAGAAUCAUUUAGAUACCUACAAUCAACACAACAGACACCAAGUGGCGAUAAAUACAACACAAGGAGUCCUGUAAAAGGCAACAGACGUAGUGUAGGUGUAUCGAUGACGCCUAAACGUAACAGUAGACAUACUUCGAUGACACCAGGGCCAAAUAUAUCUUCAACUACAGAUAAUGGGGUUGCGACUGGGAUUGCUUCCUCAACUUCAGGCGUCUCUACCAUAGUAAAUUCCUUCAUGGAUCAGAAUCUAUUACAGAGUCUAACAUUGUCUAUGCAUUCUAACUCAUUAGGAAACGAUUCAAGUUCGAUCCCAGGCCAAUUGAAAUCAUUAGACGAUAGUAUCGAGGAAGUAGAUGUACAAAUUGCUCGUCUGAAGUUUUCUGAAGCAGUUGAUUCUUUAUCGGCUAUUGAAGAUAAGAUUAAUCAAUUAUAUGCAAAUGUCAAUGGCAACCCACACAGUCGUGAAGAUAGCACAUCCGACACAUACAAAGGAGACAUCUCAAUGCUAUACAAUUUGUUAAUUCUUAAAAUCAAUCAACGGAGAGAUACUAUUGGAAAUAAGAUCACACAGUCCGUUUUAUUUGAUAGCGAAAUUUCUCAUCUACUUGGUAAUGUGAUAAUUCUUUCCAAAUUAGGCAUGAAAGAACAAAGUUUGGAUUUGUUUUUACAAAAUAGAAGCACAGUUAUCCAAAAGCUGACGUUACAAAUCGGCUCUUUUGAUAACCCUGUUAAUUAUCUAACUCAACUUGCGGUGGUACGAUUCCAAACGAUCAAGCAAACUAUAUUGAAUUUUGAAAAAGUAUUUCCUGAAUUUUCAAACAAGAAUGCCCUUGACAACAAAUUUUCAUCCAUUCUAGUAAAUUGGUGCAGCAGUGAGGUAGAUAAACAUUUCCAACUGAUAGAUAAACAAUUAUUGAAUGAUGAAAUGCUCUCGCCUGCAUCGAUAAAAUCUACUAGAAAACAAAUAGACGACCUGAAGAGCGUAGGUUUAGAUUUUGUAUACAAACUUGAUGAUUUUAUCCGAAAAAACAGUCAUAAGAUCCGCUGA